GUUGCGGGGCGCGGAAGCGAGCGGUUAGUGCGCGAGGUGUGCGUGAGGUGUCYGUGAGGGCAGAUCCAGAGGGGCUUGUGCCUGUGCCGCUGCUUCAGUUUGUGCUGCCGCGCCUCUGCUGCUUCUCUCCAUGGCCCACAAGCAGAUCUACUAUUCUGAUAAAUACUUUGACGAGCAGUACGAGUACCGACAUGUGAUGCUGCCACGAGAACUUUCAAAGCAAGUACCAAAAUCUCAUCUGAUGUCUGAAGAAGAGUGGAGACGUCUUGGUGUUCAGCAGAGUCUUGGCUGGGUUCACUACAUGAUCCAUGAACCAGAACCGCAUAUUCUGCUCUUCAGAAGACCGCUUCCAAAGGAUGAGCAGAAAUAAGCCAUCAUCUCUUGAAUCUUCUGGAACUAUGUAUAUGAGUAUAUAUAUGUUGGUAGUAUUCAGUGAAUACUUUGAAUUUACAAAACAUACAUCCAAACCUGUGCAUGAGCUGUAUUAUUCACAGCAACAAAGCUCAGUCAAAUGCAAUUCCAAGUAGGCUGCUAUGAUGCUCAAAGAGUGAUGACUUUACUGUUAAUGUAAGUGCCUCUCUGUGUUAAUGUUUGUGUUGUAUGUACUGGUUUGAUCACCACUUGUUAGUAUUCUUCUAACUUUUGCACUCACAUUUUCUGCUGUAGUGUAGUAUGUUCAAAUCUAAUAGUUUACCUGUUUAGUAGUAAGUAGGUGUAAGAAAUAAACUAUUUUUAAUGUUCUAUGA